AUGAAAAUCAACAAAUCGCUUGUGCGUGAGGAGGACGGCGGAGCAACAUACGGUGUGCCGAAUCGAGACGCGUCAUACGACUGCCGCCAUUGUUUUCAGUUAGGAAACGGACGGACCAUGCCGCCGCCGCCGACGAUCAACACAUAUAUACACGUCAAGCAGUGUUACCACCCGUCGGCGGCGACCGUACGAUACCGUAUAUCAUAUACACGGGUUGAUAUCCGCGCUCGUCGCGUACAAUUUGCGUCGUACGAACGAUGCAUUGAUACGACUACGUGA